AUGUCCGAACAGUCAUUUGAUUCACAGCUUCAGUCCUCGUUUAUUACGCGUUUUCCUCGUGAACUUCGCGACAAGGUAUAUCUCGAGCUAUGGCGUUCUUGCGGCCUUCGCCAACACAUCAUUUGGCACCAUGACAAGAAUGACGUAACGAAAUCUCACUUCUGCCGAUGGCAAUGUACGACGCCAUUUGAAGUAGAAGAUGGCCUUCAACAGGCCAUAAAUAAAACCAGGAUGGAGCUUGGGGUUGCGUUGGGUGAGAGUUUCAGCAAUGAGACCUAUGCUCUGCAGCUAUAUUCUGCCUGGAAGAAUCACUUUGCUUGCGGAGAACGCAUCGGACAGGUAUAUGGUGACGAUGCAAGCCCAGGCGUUACCAUGUGUUCUUCUCCUACACCUUGCUGGAGUCAAACUUCGGAAGGGUCAGCGACAUGGAGCCCCUAUUUAAACAUCGUUGCUCUAAACUUGUUUGUGGGUUUCUGUAAAGUGCCCGAUCGCUGGAACCAAGAUUGCCAAGUGGCUAUUCCACCACCUGGAUUUCGCACGUAUGGCAGACAUAUCGAGCUAUCGUUAGAGCCAGUCUUCCCCAUGCUGUUGCCUUCUUCGUCUCCAAUCAUCACUCCGGAAUUGCAAGAGCGACACAGUUCCUCUGACUUUCAUGCAUUACGACUGGAUCUUUUACAGAACCUCACAGCCCUCAAUGUCUGGAUAGCUGCUCGCUCGACUGUAUUGCUCCUUGACGAGAACGCCGACAACAUGGACCAAAGUCCAUAUGACAUCACACAGUUAGGCGUUGAGUCCAUUAAAGAGGCGCUGGCACCCCUGAAGCAGGUCCAGAACAUCACUCUAAGCAUGCCUCUUGUUUCCGAUACCGAUAUUGAAGACGACUAUAUAGUGGCUUGCGCUUCUGAUAGCGAAGACGGUCAUAUAGUUGAUGCCGCCCAUCUAAGAAUAUGGCGUAGAGGUUCAGGCGAUCGAUUUCAUCCAGCUCUAUUACCAGUCUUUGAGGUGGACCACUUCAGCAGCAACGUUCAUUCUACCGAAGAAAGAAGCGUGAAGCUAUCGUAUAAUCCAGGUUUGGUAACUCAUGUUCGCUAUGCUACUGAGCGCGAUGUCAGUACAGUGUCGUCAGAUCGCGGAUUUUUAUCUCGGUUGAUGGAAUCAAUUUGGUCCAAAGGGAAAUGGCUGAAAAAGAACGGAGAGCGCUAG